AUGGCGAACCCUGACAACACAAUCAAAGCCGUCGACCGAGUUGAACCGGUUCAAGACAAGGACGGUGCCUCGACGGUGUCCGCUGCCGCUGCCGAUACGAAGCCGGAGCCCCCACAACAGCCUGAAGCGGCCGGAUGGUUCCACUGGCAUGAGCCGGGCACAUCGCCCGAGGAGAAGAAACUCAUUUUCAAGCUGGAUUGGUUUCUAUUGAGCUUUGGCUGUUUAAUGUAUUUCAUCAAGCAGCUUGACCAAAAUAACAUCUCCAAUGCUUACGUCUCAGGCAUGUCCGAGGAGCUUGGCUUCGGUCCCGGUAACGAAUUGUCAUGGAUGAACACAUACUUCAAUAUUGGCACUAUCAUCGGCGGCUCUUUCGCAAACCUAAUCAUCACCGUCGUGCGCCCGCGGUACUGGUUGAGUGGCUGCUUGUUCGUGUGGUCCCUCUUCGUCUUGUUUCUAUUCAAGUGCAACAGCGCGCAUCAGUUCUACGUCCUGCGCUUCUUCAUCGGGCUUUUUGAAUCAUCCGCCUGGCCUGGUGUCAUGUAUACUCUUGGUUCCUGGUACCGCAAGAGCGAGCUCGCUCGUCGCUCUGGCCUGUUUGUCAUGAGCGGCGUCUUGGGGCAGAUGUUUUCUGGGUAUCUCCAAGCAGCUCUUUACAGCGGCAUGGGUGGAAAAGGCGGUUUGUCUGCAUGGAGAUGGCUCUUCAUCUUCGACUUCAUCCUUGCUAUUCCUGUCGUCAUCUACGGCGUCACCUGCUUCCCAGAUACCCCUCACACAACCCAAGCUUUCUACUUGAGCGACUGGGAAAAGGAACGCGCACGCCAGCGCAUUGAAGAAGAGGGCCGCAAGCCCGUCGGAAAGAUGAAUUGGUCCGUCAUUGGUCGUGUGUUCGGCUCGUGGCAAGUAUACGCCUUCACGGCGGCCUACUGCUUCUGGACACUCACCUGCGGUUCAUACAUCAUCCAAUACUUCACGCUUUACCUCAAGUCGACCAAGUUCUACACCGUACCACAGAUCAACAACAUCCCUACCUGCAUCGGAGCCGUCAACUUUGUGUUCAUGAUCUCAACUGGCUUCGUCGCCGACAAGCUAGGCCGGCGCGGCCCUGUCUGUUUCGCCGUCGGAUGUUUGCUGACAUUUGUUUACGCCGUUCUCGCGGCAUGGACUGUGCCGCACAUGCUUCGAAUGGCAGUGUUCAUUCUCGCGGGCUGCUACGGCUGCUACACGCCAUUGCUUGCGGGUUGGGCGAAUGAGGCAUGCGGAGGUGAUCAACAGAAGCGCGCUUUCGUGCUCGGAUUCAUGGUGUCUGUCGGCCAGGCUGUUGUUAUUCCGUUUCAACAGCUUCAGAUGCCUAGUGGGCAAGCACCUGCUUUCUCCAAGACGCAUGGAUGGGAGAGUGCAUUGGCGUUCGUCGUUGCGUUGACAAUUUGGACUGGUGUUGGGCUGCCGUUGCUACAGAAGUGGAGGGAGUCGAGAGUGAAGGUUAGCACUCACGAAAGCGAUAGCGAGGAAGCUUAA